CAGUUCAAAACCGGCAACUGAAGUAAUGGCUAAUAAGGGCACUUACUUAACGGUAUCCGCAGCAGAUCUGCACAAUCCUUACCUUAGUUAUCCAACAGUUAACGUUAAUCGUUCUGGAAGGUCAUAUCGUGGCGAAUGUAUUCUUAUCAACCAACGAGAUUUCCACCCUUCAACUAAUCAAACAAGACGUGAUGGUACAGACAUUGAUGCUGAUCGCAUUGAGAGAGUUUUCAAGAGUUUAAAUUAUCGAGUAACUCGUAUCCUAAACGUCACAAAACGUGUACUUCAUCAAUCACUUGUUGAAGUUUCUCAAAUGAACCAUUCAUCGUAUGAUAGUUUCGUUUUUGUUAUGCUAAGUCAUGGAGACAACAAUGUUGUGUAUGCAACUGAUGGUGAAGUUGUAACUAACUAUAUUAUGUCGUUUUUCCGCGGGGAUCGUUGUCCUUCUCUGAUUGGAAAGCCGAAAAUAUUCUUCUUUCAAGCUUGUCGAGGUGCCAGUUUCGAUAAAGGGGUUUCUACUAUGGUAACAGAUGCUAGUGGAGAUCUAAUUGUACACAAGUUACCCAUAGAGGCAGAUAUAUUAGUUGCAUACUCCACAGUCCCAGGCUUCUUUGCAUGGCGUAAUUCAUCGACGGGCAGUUGGUUCAUUCAAGAAUUGUGUAGUGUUCUUGAGUCAGAUAUGAAGAGAGUUAACCAUACAGAUAUAAUGACGCUACUUGCAGUAGUUGCACGAGUUGUCGCUUAUCAAUAUCGCUCAAAUACAGGUCAGAUAGAAUCGGACAAUAUGAAACAAAUGACUAGUACUGUGAGUACUUUAACACGUUUAUUUUAUAUAACUGGACCACCGCCAUAA